GGUACUACUUCCGGCGUUGGCGGCAUUGCCGAUGGAAAUAUUUUGUUGGUCUUCUUGUUUGGUACAAAAACCGACUGCAAAUAUUUAAAGCAAUUGGAUCCCCGCAAACAUGACUGUGGGGGGUCACAGACCUCGCUGUUUUUUCGACAUCAGCAUCGGAGAACAGCAGGUCGGGCGUAUUGUGUUUGAACUGUUUUCUGAUGUCACUCCAAAGACAUGUGAGAACUUCAGAGCUCUGUGUACUGGUGAGCUGGGCACCAGUGAGAAGACGGGGAACGUGCUGCACUACAAGGGGGCGCUGUUCCACCGAGUGGUCAAGGACUUUGUCAUUCAGGGCGGAGACUUCACGAAGUUUGACGGCACUGGUGGUGAAUCGAUCUAUGGCGGUGUUUUUCCAGACGAGAACCUGCAGUUGAAGCAUGACAAGGAGUUUCUUCUGUCUAUGGCCAACCGGGGCAAGGACACCAAUGGGAGUCAGUUUUUCAUUACCACCAAGGCUGCUCCUCAUCUUGACGGCGUCCACUGCGUGUUUGGCCAAGUGCUGAGCGGUCAAGACAUCAUCCGCACGGUGGAGGCCCUGGACGUGGACACCAAGAGCCGGCCCAAGAAGGAUGUGAAGAUCGUCAACUGUGGGGAGCUGGUGCUGCAGCUCAAGAAAUCCAAGAAAAAAGCCAAAGCUGAGGCAGCAUCAGCAAGUUCUGGAUCUGACUCGGACCACGAGAAGAAGAAAAAGAAGAAGAAACACAGACACAAGCGGAAGCACAAAAAGAAGGAGUCGAAGAAGAGGAAGAAGGAUAAAAAGUCUCGCUCAGAAGAUGAGGACGAGGAGGAAGAUGAGAAAGAGGAUGAGGAGAAAGAAAAGAAAAAGGAAGAAGAGAAAGUGGACACAGUAUUUGCGGAGAUCCGGAAAGAUGAGAUACCAGAUGUCCCGUCCAAUUUUUUGUAUCGUGGGAAGAAAGCGGAGGAGGAAGAUAAGGAACAAGAAAGAAAGAGGGAGGAAGAGGACAAAAAAAACUCAGAGGCCGAUAGUAGGAAACGGGGGAGGUCACCACCACCUCGUAGGCCCAGCAACAGGGGGAACAGGACCAUCAUGUCUUCCUCUGGCAGAAAGCUGAAGGGGAGAGGAGCUAUUCGUUUCCGCAGUCGCUCCCGCUCCACCACGCCCCCUCACUGGCGCCGAGAGCAGAGUCGGGCCAUUCCCCUGCACGAGGCGGAGAAGUUGGCGGAGGAGAAGUGGAGCAAAGGGGAGGCUGUCACCGUCCAGACAGCUGCCUCUCGGAUCGACAGAAGGAAGGAGUCGGAGAGAGGGAGGGAUACUCUGGCCAAUAAGUUUGAGAGGGGCCGAGGGGAUGCGUCCGACUCCCGAGAUGAUAGAAGACUUGAAAAUGGUCACAGACAAAGGAAAGACGAGAGAGAGAAAGGAGAGAAGAAAGAUGACAAGAAGAAGCGGCAUCGACUGGAAGAGGAGGAAGAAGAGGCAAAAGCCACCAAGAAGAAAGACAAAGCUGGUGGUCCUCUGGAUCAGAGCGAGGACAGUGACAUCGAGACAGGGUCGGGCAAGGAAGAAGGCGAGAUCAAGACGAGAAAGGAGAAAGACAAGGCCAAAGAGAGGAGCCGAGCCGCCCGCAACCGACGAGAGAGUGAGCGGAUGAGGUCGGGAGACAGUUCCUCUUCUCCGGAGGCAAAAAGACAGCGAAAGUCUGAGACGGAUUUCAAAAGGAGAGACCGCUCUUCAGAGGCAAGAGAUUCGCGUCGCAAUCGUUCUCGGUCAGCGGAGAGAAGGCGGGACGGGCGAGAGGACAAGAACAGAAAAGUCAAAGGUCGCGAUGAGAGGUCAGAUGAGAGAGCCAAUCAUCGGAGAGAUUCCAGAAGGUCAGAGAGCUCAGAUGACAAAGAGGACUCCCGCUCGAGACAACGAAGAGAUGGUCGCCGUGGCUCCUCCCCGCCACAUCGACAGUCAGGAUCCGGGCUCAGGGGUCAGGCUGCCGAUAGGAGAAGGUCAAGGUCAGGGUCACCUAUGGCGCAGAAAGGAGGCCGGCCGAACAGGUGGGAUGCAGGGAGGGCCCGGGACAACCGGCGCACCUCAAGGUCAGGAGAAAGGUCGAGGUCAAGGGAUAGAGAUGCAAAAAAAACCGAUUCGAGGCGCCGGGCGAGAUCAGACUCCAGCCCUGAGCAGCAAGGAAGGAGAGGGAGGGAGGCCAAAAGAAGGAAGAGUAGCCCGGAUAGCUCGUCCAGUGACGGGGAGGCGCGGAAGAGAGAGAGUCGAUGGAACAGCCGCGCUGCGGCUAUCAGAAAGAAGUCAGAGAGCCCCCCACCGACCCACUGGAAACCUGGCCAAAAGCCCCUGAAGACAACUGGCAAAAGUGACAGCAGAGUGUCGAACCCUCUUGACGAGGCGUCGUUAUCGAGUUUGCAGGAGACGGAGGCCUUGCUGAAGGCCCAGCUGGCGGCAGACAUCGUGGACGAGACGAUCUCGCAGAACAGCCCAGCCACCACGGCCGCCCCGCCCCUCACCACGGGCGCUCGCAUCCAGUACAAGCUGGACUCCAGCUCGGAGCAGAUACAGUACAGCGUCACCUCAGAUCUGUCAUCCGCAACUACCUCGGAGUCGAGAUUGGCAGCGUCUAAAGUCUUGCCCAAAGAACACUCCCCAUCCUCAAGGUCACAUUCAGACAGUUCAAGGUCACGUUCCAGGGAUUCCUCCAGGUCUCGGUCACGCUCAAGGUCGAAAGGGAAGACAUCGAAGAAAAAUUCUCAGGGCGGCCCGGACAAGGACAAACGUCAGAGGAAAGGAGUGGAGGAGAAGUUCCAGUGGGAGCCUCCCCCUGACCCAGAGGAGGGAGACGAUGACGACGUUCCCAGCCAGCCCCUGCCCCCUGCGAUCAAGGAGCCCAGCAACAGCGUCAGCAUCAAAACCCCACCGCUGCCUCCCAUGGACAAAGUGGUGGAGCAGGCCUCAAAUCUCGCCAAACAAAAACGGGCCGAAGAGACGGCGGACUCCCGCAAGGUGAAGAAAAGGUCGCAGUCACGGUCGUCAUCGUCCUCACCCUCUCCAGAGCGCCGCACGGUGGUGACAAGCAACAGCAAACCGGCCCGGUCCAGCGGUAGUCGGUCCCGGUCUGGGUCGGACUCGCCUUCGAGGCUGCGGGCGUCGUUGCUGCAACAGAGGAACCAGAGGCGAGCCAGUAGGGGGGAAGAAGAGGAGGAUGGGGGUGUGACGGGGGACAAGACUGGGGGCGAGGGUAAAAACAGCGAGGACUUUCCAGCCAAUGACAGUGACAGGAGGGUGGUGAGGGUCAGUGGUGGGAAGCCUGCUGCUGCCAAUAAGCGGUCGCGGUCUUCCUCUUCCUCUCCGGAGCCGCCGCCAGUUAUUCCGAGAAUCCACCGGUCAAGAUUCGACGUCCCUCCCCCCGGGGCCGCUGGACAGGAUGCGGAGACAGCGGGGCGGUCGGGUCCGUUUUCCAAGAAGGAUGCCAAGAGCUCUGGGAAGGUCACCUCCUCUGUGGAACCGGCAGACAGUAUUGAUUCAUCAUCAAACAGCCUCCCUGAGAGCGGUAGUGGCAGCAAAGUCGGGGACACUUUUAACAAGGUGGCUGGCAUUGCCCCACCACCGCCUCUGCCCCCUCUCCCACCACCCAUGCCCAAUGCGAGUUCCGAUGCCCUGCCUCCCCCACUGCCCACAAACACAGUUGUGAACUCAUCGUCGAUCCCACUUCCGCCCACCCCUGCAGGGGGUACCUCCACCACCACCACUAACACCUCUGCUGCCGCCAUGACCAGCGAGUCUGCGACUGUGUUAGACCCCCUGCUGCUGUCCAAUGUUCCGUUACCUUCCAGUCCGGGCUCGGCGGCCGCAGUGGUGCCCCCCAAGACUAAAGAGUCCGCAGCGCCGCCGUCGGAAAGUGAUAAAAAGGUGCCGGUGUCGAACUCUGGCCAUGUGGGAAAGGGAGAUGAUCCUCGGCCAGAGAGGGGCCGCAAAGCGAGUCGCAGUAGUAGUAAAUCUAGGUCAUCCUCUCGGUCCUCUCGCUCCUCAUCCUCAUCACCAUCCUCCUCCAAAGAGAGGAAAUCCAAAAAAAAAUCUCCCCCCGCGACUGUUGCCGUUUCCGUUGACCCGUCCGGAGACGCCAAAAAGGACAAGCCGUCGAAAGAUUCCACUGACCGCGAGGCGGAGAGUGACAAAAAGUCGUCGUCUGCCAGGGACCAGCGUAGUAGCAGGACGAAGGAAGAUUCUCAUUCCAAGACGACAGACAAGGGCACUGCGGGGGGGUCAGAAGCAGCAGCCAAGAGCAGUAGGGACAGCAGGAGGGCGUCGGAGAGUAAAUCCACAAAGGAUUCGAGCACGACCAAAAAGGAGAGCACCACCACCUCCUCCUCCUCCACACAGAGAAACCGCCGACGGUCGAGGUCUCGGUCGAAGGAGUCAAAGUCCAGGAGGCGGUCCAGUUCCUCUCCCGGCAAGAGGAAAUCUAGGUCGCGGUCAGCGUCAAGGAGGGGUCGGAGGUCUCCGGUGCGGCAUCGCUCAAGGUCACGCUCUCCAAGAAGAAGGUCUCCUCCCAGGUCAUCUUGGUCAUCGCGGCGUUCUGGCAGGUAUGGCGGCCGCUCCCCACCCAGGCGCAGGUCCAGAAGUCGUAGCCGUGACCGGCGCCGUCGUCGCGGGGGUCGGAGGUCAAGCAGCAGCAGCCGCAGCAGUAGGAGUAGCAGCCGGUCGAAGAAAAGGUCGUCCUCUUCCUCCAGCGACUGAUGAUGAUGAUGAUGGCGACUGUUGAGGGCUGCGACCACGACGACUUGGGUCUUUUGUCGUCGUGUGUGAGUGCCGGCCUCUUGAUCCAGGACGUUGUUGGAAAUGUGGAGUCUGCCAUCAGUACACUACACGUGCACAAAGUUUACACAUCACCUCCUCUCUUCUCUCUUUUCCUUUCAGAAUGGGGAAGGAGGAGGGUUUACGGGGCAGCUGGAGACAAGGUGUGCCGCAACCUCAGGAAAUGAAAGAUAAUGAUCAUGCUCGGUCCUGACUUGACUUACUUUCGGCAGGGUUGUACCCGUUUGUGCUUACUCAAACGAACGAGCCAAAUUUAGACUACACACUGGGGUCAGGUCUGCAGGGGGUUUGUUCGGCUGGGGCUCUGUUGUGUCAUAUUUUGUCACUAUGUUGUCUCUCCACUUAGAGGUUAAGUGGGGAGGAGGGGGGGGGGGGGUUGUCAUCAGAGGCUGGCUGCCUGCCUGCUGUCUUCUGUUGGGACGUGAAAUGUAGCGUUUUCCUUUCCUGAGGUGUUGGUCAUUGGUCUAUUGGCAAAGUUCUUGUUCACCUCAAAACGGCUUGAGUGAUAAGUCUUAUUGUCAACAGUUAUAUGGCCAGUCGUAUACAACAAGUAGAUGUUUUGGAGUUGGGGGAAUAUUUCGUUUUUCUGAAUGGGUUUAGGUGAUUUGAAUAUAUAGUUAUGUAUUAUAGCUGCCUGUGUCUUGGUGACUUUGUACUGAUCCCAAAUGUUAAGAUUGUUACCCCGUGUAUCGUGGAGUUGGGAGUGUGCCAGUGGUACACAUUGAGAUGCCUACAAAGUUCCUUACUGGCUUGAACCUGAAAGUUCCAUUGUGAAGUGUCUCAAAUGUUGCCAGCUUUUUUGUUGUUGUUGUUGUGAUUUUUAUUUUAUAAAUAUAAUGUUUAGAUGGCAGUCCAUUUUGGGGUAUUUUAGGCUCAGAUGUGUAUGUGUGUGUGUAAAAAUGAUGAGACUACUAAUAGUUUUUGUGUGAGAAGUACAGGUACCGAUAUUUGGACUGAUACCGUUGUCUUUGUUACUUAUGUGGGGCUCAAGAUAUACGUGUGGAGCUGACAGAUGUUUUCAGAUGAGAGUGAAGUAGUAACAGAUCUUUUUCCUCCUCUUUGUGUUUCCCUGCUAGAUUUCAGGGGUAGUGAAUAAUAGGAAUGCUAGUUCUUUAACCUGCAGUGUAACUGAUUUUUAUACAUGUGGUCGUUUUUUCUGCUCCAUAGGGUCCUCUGCCUAUUGGCAGACAUAUUCCAAUUCUGAAGGUACUCUUUAUAUUUUUAUACUGACUAGAGUAUUCUCAGUUCUCACAGGAAUUUGAAUUUUGAUCAGGUGGUGGCAGAG